AUGGACGUCUGCGUCGGUCUGUUUGUGAAGAGCGUUGCGCUAAUUGACGUGGCGGAGGCGGGGCGGGAACGAGGGCAGGGGCGCCCGGGCACCGGCGCGGCGCAGCGGGGAGAGGUGCUCGGUUCGAGCCCCGGCCAUUGGCGCAGGGAAGACCCUCGGUCGAUUCGAGGCUGGCAGCGAAAGUGCAGCGGCGGCGGCAGCAGCAGUUGCGACGGCUUCCUGUCGUGGGACAUCAGCGCGGCGCACGUGGACCUGGAGAAGGAGCUGCAGGCGCUGGCGGCCCAGGCCCCCGAGGGCGAGGAGGCGCGCAACGAUUUAUCAUCAGCAAUGAUGCCAAUAAGAGCCCUCUCUGCAGCAAGCGUCAGUUCCGCCAUCGCCAUCGGAAAUGUCAACAUUCUCUUUAUUGUCACUAGUACUGCUGAUACAGCUGUCAGCGACAAAGACUUCUCAUCAACACAGAUGACAACUUCAUCGACCAUUGCGAACACUGCGCUAACUUCACCAGUAUUACCUGCCCACCUUCACAGUAGCUUCAUGCAGUCAUUGUGA